CUAAAACCGGGAAACUCUAUCUGAACCCUCUUUCUCCGGCAGCCAAAAUGGACUUCACUCCGCCACCAAUCGAAGACGGUUUCACGGCGGAGAAACUCUUCAACCAAGGCUUCUCCUACACCUACGACGACGUCAUCUUCCUCCCUCACUUUAUCGACUUCGCCGCUGACGCCGUUAACGUCUCUACGCACCUUACGCGCCGUAUCCCUCUGUCCCUCCCCUUCGUCGCCUCUCCGAUGGACACAGUCUCCGAGUCCGCCAUGGCCGCCGCCAUGGCCUCCCUCGGCGGCAUCGCCAUCAUUCACUUCAACACCUCUCCCUCCUCUCAGGCCUCCCUCCUCCGCGCUGCCAAGUCCCGCCGCGUCCCCAUCCUCUCCGAACCCGUCUUCUGCACCCCCGCCACUGUCGUCGAAGACAACGAGGUCUUCGGGGGCUCCCCCUUCCUCCUCGUCACUGACACGGGCAAUGAAAAAGGAAAGCUCCUCGGCUACGUCGCUAAAAAUGACUGGACGAAUGGAAUCGACAAGAGCGUGAGAGUUGGUAAUUACAUGUCAGCGCCCCCGGCAGUUGUGCCGUGGAAAGCUGACUUGGCACAAAUUGAGGAAGUGAUGAUGAGUGAAAAGAAAAAUGCAGUGGCAUUGGUGAGGGAUGAUGAAGUGGUGGAUUUGGUGUUGGAGGAAGAGGUGAAGAGGGUAAGAGGGUAUCCGAGGUUGGCGGCGGCGGGGUCGGUGGGGCCGGAUGGGGAAUGGAUGGUUGGGGCGGCGAUAGGGACGAGGGAGGAGGAUAAGGAGAGGUUGGAGCAUUUGGUGAAGGCUGGAGUGAAUGUGGUUGUGUUGGAUAGUUCUCAAGGGAACUCAAUUUAUCAAUUGGAGAUGAUAAAGUAUAUGAAAAAGGUGUAUCCUGAGCUUGAUGUGAUUGGUGGGAAUGUUGUGACUAUGUACCAGGCUGAGAAUUUGAUUCAGGCUGGUGUUGAUGGGUUAAGGGUUGGUAUGGGGUCAGGGUCUAUUUGUACUACCCAAGAGGUUUGUGCCGUUGGGCGCGGGCAGGCAACUGCAGUUUUCAAGGUCUCAUCCAUUGCUUAUAAAAGUGGGGUUCCUGUUAUUGCUGAUGGUGGCAUUUCAAAAUCUGGUCAUAUUGUUAAGGCUUUGUCAUUGGGAGCAUCCACUGUUAUGAUGGGAAGCUUCUUGGCUGGUAGCCUUGAGGCUCCUGGUACAUAUGAAUAUCGGAAUGGUCAACGUGUCAAAAAGUAUAGAGGAAUGGGUUCCCUAGAAGCUAUGACUAAAGGAAGUGAUGCGCGGUACUUGGGUGAUACAGCAAAGCUAAAAAUUGCUCAGGGGGUUGUUGGAGCCGUCAAAGAUAAGGGUUCUGUCUUGAAUUUCAUACCAUACACCUUGCAAGCAGUUAGGCAAGGGUUUCAAGAUAUCGGUGCCUCAUCACUGCAAUCUGCCCAUGAACUUCUAAGAUCCAGGGUGUUAAGACUAGAGGUUCGGACUGGAGCAGCACAGGUUGAAGGUGGAGUUCAUGGGUUGGUUUCGUAUGAAAAGAAAUACUAUUGAAGCAUGAAACCAUCCAAAUGAUAAGUUAUAUUGUGAUCUAUCGUUGCAAUGGGUCGUAAAAGAAGGAAACAGACUAUUAUUGGAUUGGAGUUUGUAUCAACUAUUAUAACACUCAUGCAAUGCACUUGUUUAUGAGAUGAAAGCAUAAUUGAAUAAACAGUCUGUAUUCCUUGGUUAGCAAUUAUAUUGAAGGACUCCUUACAAUGG